AUGCAGUCAAUAACAAGCACCUCGAUGCUCCUUUCGACCUUUUUCCUCUCUAUAAUUUUCGGAGCAAUAGCCAGCCCCCUCUCAUCCAACAUAACAGGAACUACAGCCAAUCCACCAACAGCAACCCUGUCAACAAGCAACAAAACCCCAAAGACCAUAUUUGUGGGCCGCUCUCUUCUGGAGUUUAAUCAGGAUCUCUUCCUAGGCAUCAAGUAUGCCGACAAGCCAAUCCGUUUCACGCCAACCGAGCUCAAGAGUGCCUAUGCAUCUAAGGAUAGUAAUUCCGGACCUUAUGAUCUAUCCCAAACAGGAAUCAGCACUACUUCCAAGUCGGUAUACUACAAUGCUACGGAGUAUGGCUACGACUGUCCUGCGUAUGGAUCCGAUACCACCAACAUGGUUAACAACGGUCUUAUCACUUUGAACGAAGACUGCUUUAACUUGAAUAUAAUCCGACCCAAUUCCGACGAGAAAGACCAAUUGCUUCCAGUUAUGAUCUGGAUUUUUGGUGGUGGGUGGGCACAGGGCGCUACUGCGGAUCCACGAUAUAAUAUGAGCUAUAUCGUUGAACAGAGCGCAUUGAACGGCAAGCCGAUUCUGGGUGUUUCUAUCAACUACCGUCUGGCGGCAUUCGGAUUUCUUGACUCGGAGGAAGUGAGGGCCGAAGGAAACACUAAUCUAGCACUGCGUGACCAGCGCACGGCUAUGCGCUGGGUUAAGAAGAAUAUCAAAGCGUUCGGUGGUGAUCCGAGCAAGAUCACUAUCUGGGGCGAGUCCGCUGGUGCAUAUAGUGUCGGAGCCCAUCUGGUAACCAACAAUGGCGAUAAUGAGGCAAUCAUGGAUUCCGGAAAUGCCGUUGGGCCCCCAUACAACGGAACAGAAUGGCACCAGCCAAUGUACAACCGAAUCGUUGAGAGAGCUGGAUGCACAAAUUCAACAAAUACCCUACAAUGUCUCCGUGAGCUGCCCUACUCAACCUUAUACAAUACUGCAAACGAGGGCCUAGAAUGGUUUGCUACUAUCGACGGCUCGUUCAUAGCCCAGUAUCCGCAGAUCAGCUAUAGGCAAGGCAAAUUGGCCCAGGUACCUGUCUUGAUAGGGACGAAUACCGACGAGGGCACCAGUUUUGGGACAACAGGCACAAACACCGAUGAGGACUGCAUCAAUCAAUUGACUGCGAGCACCACAGCAUCCAAGCGCUGGGUCCUCGACCGAUCCCAAGCUACCCAGCUGCUAUCCUAUUAUCCCAACAUCCCCGCUAUUGGCUGUCCCUAUGGCUGGGGAAAUACCACCUGGCCAUCGCUUGGAUUCAUGUACAAGCGUUAUGAAUCUAUAGCCGGGGAUGUGACUAUGGUUGCGCCACGGCGCAUGCUAGCACAACGGAUGGCUAGCUUCCGCGAUAAUGUAUAUUCCUAUAGAUGGGAUGUGGCGGCGUUGAAUAGCUCAACAACGAUUGGAGUGCAACAUUUUGCAGAGAUCCCCUUCGUCUUUGCAAAUCCAGUGCAGACCAUCACACCCCUAGGAUCCGACCCUGCGCGCUUGGAACUGGGACAGAUGGCGGCACAGAUGUGGACGUCGUUCGUGGCAGACCUAGACCCUAAUGGACACGGUGUGUCUGAUAUUACCAAAUGGCCCAAAUAUUCGUCCCGCGCGACGAACUUUGUUUUCCGCUUACCCCGGAAUGAGAGUUAUAUCGAGGCCGACACCUACCGUGUCGAUGGGAUUGAUUGUAUCAAUAGCAUCGCGCGGUGA